AACAAGGACUUGGGAAAAAUCUUAUUCUUGAAGUUAUGGAGUUUUCUUCAAAUUUCUUCCUUCUUUCCUUAAUAUUCUUCUUCUCGUCAGCUCUACUCCUCUUUCUCCACCGUAGAAUUAAGCCCAGCCUUAACCGCCGCCUUCCUCCAGGACCGCUAGGAUGGCCAAUACUUGGCAACAUGCUCGAUCUUGGAACAAUGCCACACCGUACCCUAUUUGGUCUUAGACCCAAAUAUGGUGAUGUUAUAUGGUUAAGACUGGGCUCAAUGAACUCUAUGGCAAUCCUCUCAGCCAAAGCAGCCACAGAGUUCUUCAAGAACCAUGACCUCUCUUUUGCUGAACGCACCAUCACUGAAACCAUGCGUGUCCAUGACUACCACAAGGGCUCUUUAGCCUUAGCCCCUUAUGGUUCCUAUUGGCGUGUUCUUAGGCGCUUGGUCACGGUCGACAUGUUAGUGCACAAGCGCAUCAACGACACCGCAAUUAUACGUAGAAAAUGUGUGGACAACAUGUUGUUAUGGAUUGAGGAAGAGGCAUGUAAACUUGAAGCUAAAUGUGGUCUUCAUGUGGCAAGGUUUGUGUUCCUCAUGACCUUCAAUUUACUUGGAAACCUUAUGUUAUCACAAGACUUGCUCGAUCCUCAGUCGAAGGACGGGUCGGAGUUUUUCACGGCGAUGAUGGGACUAAUGGAGUGGUCCGGGUAUGCUAACAUGUCAGACUAUUUUCCAUGGCUAAGGUGGUUGGACUUGCAGGGCCUUAGGAAGAACAUGGAGAGGGAUCUUGGGAAAGCUUUGGAGAUUGCAUCCAAGUUUGUGAAGGAGCGCUUGAUGGAUAGGCAACAAGGGGCAGAGAAGAAGGAUUUCUUGGAUUUGUUGCUAGAAUUUGAAGGCAAUGGAAUUGAGGAGCCUGCCAAAAUUUCUGAUAGGGACCUAAAUAUUUUCAUUUUGGAACUAUUUAUGGCUGGUUCAGAAACAACAAGCAGCACUACUGAGUGGGCACUGACUGAGCUCCUACGCAAUCCUAAUUCCAUGAUUAAGGCUAAAGCUGAGCUUAUGCAAGUAGUAGGAGCAAACCACAAGGUUGAGGAAAGUGACAUUGACAACCUUCCAUACCUACAAGCUAUAAUAAAGGAAACACUCCGAUUACAUCCUCCAAUUCCAUUCCUAGUUCCUCGAAAAGCAAUUAGAGAUACCAACUUUAUGGGGUUUGACAUACCCAAAAAUACACAAGUUCUUGUAAAUGCUUGGGCUAUUGGAAGAGACCCAGAUGUGUGGGAUGAUCCUUUGUCUUGCAAGCCCGAGAGGUUUAUAGGCACAAAAAUAGAUUACAAGGGUCAACAUUAUGAGCUAAUCCCAUUUGGAGCUGGGAGGAGAAUGUGUGCAGGUGUGCCAUUGGCUCAUAGAGUCCUUCACCUUAUUUUGGGCUCAUUGCUUCACAAAUUUGAUUGGGAGCUUGAUGGCAAUGUGACUCGAGAGACGAUGGACAUGAAGGACCGGUUGGGCAUAACAAUGAGAAAGAAUGAACCAUUACUGGUAGUGCCUAAAAAAUGUGUUGUUAUAGACUAAAAAUGAGAGAGAACCACUUUAUUUAGGAGUCAAGUUCUUGCAAUUCAUUAUUUGAGUUCUCUCACUCCUGUUACCAACAAUCCCCCCCCUCCCCCAAAAAUAAAUGCACAUGUUUGAGGAAAUUGAAGCACUACUUAGUUCAAGGUUUAUCCGUUUAGUGCAACCAUGUCUUUCCUUAUCUGGUGCCAAAAAAAAAAAAAAAACCUUCGCAGUGAGACAAUGUAUUGUGUCUAUGUGGUGAUUAAAUGAAAAUUCUCAAGUCUCAACUA